UAAUGAAAUAAUUAAGGUUGAAUUUUUAGUGAAAGGUGUAAAAUUGGUGUUUGUUGCCGGACUUCCUCAAAAAAACACCCCUAGUGGUUGAAAGUCGGGAAGCUCCCUGGGACCUCAGCUGAUAUUGGAGCGAUGGGCGCACAAGCUGUGGAUUACCGGCUCGGAUACGCGAUGGGGACGGAGUGCUCGUGAGCGGGCGAUCGAAGGCGUACCGUCUUCCUUUGUCUGACUGUCCAACGAUCGGAACCCUCCCCGGAAACGUACUGGGAGCUUCCUCAAUCCCCAAGUACCAGGAUUUCAAGCUGAAUGUGAAGCGAGUGUUGUGCGGCCAGUGCCAAGCUUUCGCUGUGCGAGGCUCUCCCGCGUCGUCUGCUGUCAGGUGGAAAAUUUUCGGUUGUUCGCAACCGACACAUAAAAGCGACGUCUGCUGCCGCCCUUUUCCGUGCUUCUCACUCAUCAGGCCCUUGUUGAAAUGCUCAGUUAUCUGACGCAUAAGCUCCGGACACCAGAACUGAAUGGGAGUAACUCAUUUCACACGAAGCACCCGAACCAACAGCAAUGAAGCUGCUGCCGCUCCGUAACUUGAGAUUAGUCAUGACAGAGACCCUGAAGAAGACUGAUGACGAUCACGAUUCCGGAACCGAGUCGGACGACGAGAGUGCAGAAAUUGAGGAACUGCAAAAAUAUAUGGAGCAGAGCAUUCAGUUGGAAGACAGCAGCGGCGGCCACUCUGCGAGUAGGCUCUGCCAACACGCCAGCUUCCGGCAACCGGAAUCUCGGCAGCAGAACAAGUCUGCGGACAGGCGCCGCUUGCUACCACAGCAGCAUCAUCACCACCACUCCGAACUGCUCUCGAGUCCCGCAGUGGUGCUUGUGACGGCCCACCACGUGGUUGGCCCUAACGUUGCCCCAAACAGCAGUCCCGUGCUCUUGGACUCUGCACUGCCCAGUGACAGUGACCCCAACCUAGAGCAGCACAGCUCUGAAGAGGAGCUCGAGGUUAUCAACAACCGCGCUGGUUCGGCCGAGAAGCGCAAAUGGUCACAGGCCAACCAGCGCCGGGGGGCCAGAGCGUCGCUACGCCGCAGCCGCUCGGACGGCGGCGGCGACACGUCCUCGGACGAAGAGGAGUGCGAUGCGGCGGCGUCCGGUGCCACGUUAGCGGACGGCGUCUCUUCACGGGCCACGGCGAACGGCGUGGGCCGACGCAACGACGUCGAGGACGACGAUGAUGACGAGGACGACGAGGAAGUUCGUGACCUGACGUGGAGCGGCCGCGUUAACGGAGGAGUGGGCGUCAUGAACGGCUUGCACGGUUCGGCGGCUGCUUCCUCCGCGCGCUCGUCGUCCCAGCGGUCUUCGUCGUCGACUGCGGUGGUGCCCCCGACGCCCGUCGAAUUCCGCGCCUCGCCGCCGCUACACGUGCACCGGCCGUACAACGGCUCCCCGCCGCCGAAGGUAUUCCACGCGGCGCCGGGUGCGGUCGGCGGCUCGUCUCCUUCGGCGACCUCCUCGUCGUCGGGCCCCACCACGCUAACGCUGUCCGCACACAUCCCUGCCUUCGAGGUGUGCGCUGUGAGCCCGCGCAAGCGCCACCGGCAGGACGGAGGGGGCACGGCGUUCGGAGUCUUCUCGCUCGUCGACGGCGGACCCGUCCAGCGGCCAUGCCUGGACUUCGAGAAGAUGCAGCAGAUCAGGGUGAAGCUGUUGUGAAAGCCUUCGGAGCCAGGAACGACGUAUGUGCGUCUCACCAAAGCAGCAUAACAGAGAGCUUGGGAUGAGCCAGACGACAACUGUGUUGAAUGUGAUUCUUUGGACGCACUGUCAGGGAAACAGAAAAGAAAGAAAAGCUACAAAGAAAAGAGAAAGGUCGACGAUGAAGAUCUUUGUGAGACCCUGCGGGAUAUCAGCGCGGAUGAAACCAGUGCCGGUUCGACCACGGGACAAAAGUGCACGCACACACACGCGCACACACACACACGAAACUCAUACAAAACACGUACGCAAACAUUGACGACAAAAAAAGACAAAAGCUUAGGACAAUUUUUUACUAUGGACUUCAACAAAGUGCAAACAUAAGUUAGUUUUUGUUUCGUCUCUCUUGGUUUUUGUUAUUGUUGUUGUUGGCGUUUUUUUUUCUCUUUUGACUGUCUAUUCAGUUUUUCUUAUAAUGUCUCCUAUCUGUUUGUCUCGGACGUUGACGUGAAGCAUUGUUCAUAGUUCUUUAUUUCUUCAACCUUCCAUUUUGCCUUCUCCUCUUGCUUUGUGUCUGCUAAAAUGACGAUGAUGUUUGAGGGUGUUGAUGAAGAUGAUCAAGUUGAGAGAAGGUGGGAUCCUGGGGUUCCAUAAGAAAACGGAGAAGGAAAGGUCCACAAGAUGUGCGAGUGCCGCUGUGAGAUACAGGAGCCCGAGUUUGAUGGCGAUGAUGGAGAGAGAGCCUGUGCCGCGGGUGCGAUGACGUCAUCUACAGGCGAGGUGAGGCUGUUUUUCAUCUGGUCCUGGCACGACGGCUUUCUCUCAGUGCUUGAGACCGGCGGUCUGCUCUCGGCAGGAGACAGCUGUGCAGUCUACCAAGAUGGAUGCCUGAGAAGGAGUCAUUGGGCGUGGGACGCGUCAAUAGGACGCACUAGGGAAUCCCCUCCUCAGUCUGUCGUCUCUCCCGCACUGUACCUUUUCGUUGCCUUCAUGGAUGAUGUACUUUUUUCGUUGUAGGCUCGUUAGGCGAACUUUGGUUUGUCAUUUACCCCAUGUUUCCCUUUCCCCCACACCUUGGAGACGAACCGCCAUUACGGACUGUUUUAUUCUGGACUGGCUGGAUUGGUGUGCAGCGUUGUGCCGCCUCCAUUGUUCCAGUCUGGAAGCGAAUCGUCUUAGCAAGUGUGUAGAAGCUGUUCAUUCAUUGACCAUGUCUAUUUUUCUGUUCCGUUUUGUGACGUCAGUGACAAAGAAAAAAAAAAGCCUUUUGCCGCAGUGUGAUGGAUGCUUGGCCUUUCAGCCCCUCUUCAAGCGCUUGGAGUGGGGCACUUUUUUGCUGUGGAGUUUGACUUCAAUAUGUACCUUUUCUUGCCUUCGAAACUCAGGAUGCCUCCGAUGCCAAGGCAAGGCUGCUCUCUGCCCGGCACAAUCCUCAAAUCUAGCGGGGUUAAAGAAAAAAAAAAACGGUAGGAAGAUACACCGAGUGUUUGAAUGCAGGAGAUAUGCGUGAGGUUGGAAGCGACAGUCUUUGUUGCCAGCGUGCGGACCAAAAGUUGUGACGGCCAAGAGCUGGAAGAUCAUGGUCCGGAACGUGCUUAAUGUGCUUAGGUUUGUUUCGGCCAAAGAAAAGCGAGAUAUAAUGCGUCGUGAAGCUGUAGUUUCUUGCCUGAUCGAUUCCUGAACAGUAUGGGAAUCAAGUCCUGUGUAUCUGUCUUUACUUUUGUCUUCGAAAAAAAAAAAAGCCGCUACCAAGCACAAGUUGUUUCUCGGAAGAAAAAAAAAUGAUUGCGAGACUACCUGGUGUGGACUUUGAUUUUUUGUGUAUGAAUAUAAAUACUAUAAAUAAACCGCUAUAUAUACACACGUGGAAGGAACAA